AUGCUUCUUGGAUCCGCUGCUACCUUUCUGGUCACCGCCGUCGUCACGGCCCAGGCCGCGGCUGUCGCACCCAUUGCCUCGGAAUCGCGUAUCAAGCGUGACUCUGCGACUGGCUUUGAGUGGGAUCCUGAGAACUUCAAGGUUGCUGCCGUCCGCAAGCCUCCGGUUGGAUUUGUCUACCAUGCCCUUUCCGACCAAUCGACCUGGUGGAACUACGAUCUCAAUGCUACUAUCGCUCAGUCGGUUGAGAUGAUCCACCAAGCCGCGGCCGAGGGCACCAAGUUCAUCGCAUUCCCAGAGCUCUACUUCCCCGGCUAUCCUGCCUUCCGCACUCCGAACGGCCCCAAAGACUUUGAGCAGUAUGUGUCGCAGACCAUGGAGCCCGACGGCCCUGAAUGGAAGACGCUCAUGCAGGCCUUUGCCGACACCAAGAUGUACGGGGUCGUUGGUUGGGCCCAGAGGGCCAAUAACUCGCUUUUCAUGACCCAGAGUCUGGUUGGUCCUUUCGCCAACGGUUCGGCCGGAACGAUCUGGAAGCAUGAGAAGUUCCGUCCCUCGGGCACCGAGCGCUCUCUCUAUUCCGAUGGGCUUCUCAACACGAUCCGCGCGCAGAGGCUCCCCUUCGGCACCGUCUCCAUGCGCCAAUGCUGGGAGCACGUGUACCCCGAGUCGCACUUUAUCGGAUCUGCCCAGCCUGCCAAUCUCCACGUUGCCUCUUUUCCAUUCGGCAACGACGUCCCCGAAGCCGACGGCGCAGGCACCCCCUACGCGUACUGGCGUGCCGCGGCGAUCGGUUACCAAGCGGGCGCGGCCGGUUCGCCCGCCAUGAUUCUUCCCACCGCGGGGGCCGCGACCAUCUUUGCCCACCAGGGCUCUCCCCUCAACGAAUCGCUUUCCAACUCGAAGGAAUCGACCGACGCCAUGCCCUACAUCACCGCCGUCUACAACACGACCGCGCUGUGGCAGGAUGUCGCGUACAGCGUCAACGACUGGUACAGCUACGGCGCCCUCAAGCACAUCAUCGAGGGUCUGCCCGACGGGAUGCCGCGUCGCAGCGGGCCCUUCUUUGGAAGGAUUCUGUUUACCAUCAGGCAGUUCACGACUGGGUACAUCUGGCCCCCGACCCUGUCCUGCACCCCAACGUCCAGGUGGCCGUGUAUCAAGAUCUGGCCGGAGCGCAUUGAAAAGGACUUCAUGGCUUGA